GGGGUCCAAUCGCGACCGUUAGCCGGGGCCGGGCGACUGCGGUGGGAGAGAGCUGAGAAAAUCUGACCGUCCGUGCCGGCUGAUGUGAAAAGUCACGAUACCGCAGUGAAACCACGCAACGCCCCAGCACAUGCACAGGCCUGCUAAGGGAAAUAUGAAGUUCUUCAUGUGUAAAAUGGUGACGAAUAUGUUGUGCCACUGACUGAGCGGGUGACAUUUGGACCGUCGUAAACCUUCUUGGUGCCUCAUAGCGGCACAGCAGAAGCACCUCCAGGUUCGCCGUCCUCCUAGCAGCUUUCCCUUUGCCACCUGCGAUCCUCGGCGGGAUCGGGCUCCUCCUCACCCAACGCUUCACCUCACCCUCACCUCCCCGCGAGGGAGCGAACAGCAGCCGCCAUGGUGCUGUCACAGAGACAAAGAGAUGAACUAAAUCGGGCUAUAGCUGACUAUCUUCGUUCCAAUGGAUACGAAGAAGCCUAUUCUACCUUCAAGAAAGAAGCAGAAUUAGAUAUUAAUGAAGAGGUAGAUAAGAAGUAUGCUGGGCUUUUGGAAAAGAAAUGGACCUCUGUUAUUAGAUUACAAAAGAAGGUGAUGGAGUUGGAGUCGAAGCUGAAUGAGGUGAAGGAGGAUAUGACGUACGGCGGACCCGUCGGUCAAAAGAGAGAUCCGAAGGAGUGGAUCCCCCGCCCCCCGGAGAGAUACGCCCUGAGUGGGCACCGUGCUCCAGUCACACGGGUCAUUUUCCACCCCGUGUUUUCCGUCAUGGUGACGGCCUCUGAAGAUGCCACCAUCAAGGUGUGGGACUACGAGGCAGGAGACUUUGAACGAACCCUGAAAGGACACACGGACUCGGUGCAGGACAUCUCCUUUGACCAGACGGGGAAGCUGCUGGCCUCGUGUUCGGCUGACAUGAGCAUCAAACUCUGGGACUUUCAGGGCUUUGAGUGCAUCCGGACAAUGCACGGCCACGAUCACAACGUGUCGUCCGUAGCAAUCAUGCCAAAUGGUGACCACAUAGUUUCUGCCUCCAGAGAUAAGUCCAUCAAGAUGUGGGAGGUGGCCACAGGGUACUGUGUGAAGACAUUCACAGGCCACAGGGAGUGGGUGAGGAUGGUUCGCCCAAACCAGGACGGCUCAUUGAUCGCCAGCUGCUCCAACGACCAGACUGUGCGCGUCUGGGUGGUCGCCUCCAAGGAGUGCAAAGCCGAGCUGCGGGAGCACGAACACGUGGUGGAGUGCAUCGCCUGGGCCCCUGACAGCGCUCACCCCACCAUCCUGGAGGCCACAGGCUCAGAGAGUAAAAAGAGUGGAAAGCCUGGCCCCUUCCUGCUCUCUGGCUCCAGAGAUAAAACGAUUAAAAUGUGGGACGUCAGCAUCGGGAUCUGCCUCAUGACUCUGGUGGGACAUGACAACUGGGUGCGUGGGAUACUGUUUCAUCCUGGAGGACGAUUCAUCGUGAGCUGCGCCGACGACAAAACAAUCCGGAUCUGGGACUACAAGAACAAACGUUGCAUGAAGACCUUAUCUGCUCAUGAACACUUUGUUACCUCUUUGGAUUUCCACAAGACUGCUCCAUACGUGGUUACGGGCAGCGUCGAUCAGACAGUCAAAGUCUGGGAGUGUCGCUGAGACUGCCACCAUCUCUCCCCCCUACCCUGCUGCCCCCAAUUCCAAGGAUUUAAAAAAGAGAAAAACAAAAAAAAGAUCCCCGACGCGCCAUGCUAGCCGCCGCCCCUCAGCUCCCUCCGCCCCGACUUCCAGCCCUUCACCUCUCGCACUCCAAAUCAUAGUUGACCAAUGUGCUUUACCUUCCCCUCGCUCCUCCCUACUCUGAUCCAGCCCCAUUAAGAUGACUAUUGUCCUUUUUGUGUAAAUUAUUCUGGAUGUAGGGUACGCUUAAUAAAUGUCACGCAAAUAUCUGACACAUAAACACUCAAAAUGAUAAUAAAUAUCUUUGCAUGGUGACUCAAACAAGAAAAAAUAAAUAAUAAUUCAAUACUGUUAGAUUUACAAAUUUCCAUACUGUUGUCAUGACUUUCCAUUGGGUCAAAGGGUAAAUGUCUGUGUGUGCCGGUGCAGAUAGAUUUAACUGAGUGCACUAAAACCAAUGGCACCUCCUGUUGACGGGGUUUAGGUUAUGUUUAGUUUUUCUUUUAUUUCACGGCUCCUUUCUUGUGGUCCAUUGUUGCAUUUAUGGAGGAAAAGGAAUCUGAAGGAAAAUAAUCAAGCCUGUUGAAGCUUUGCAGUUUUUCACAUUAGUAUAACGUCACACAACGCAAAAACGCAAAAUUUUUUCAGCAACAUAUAGGAGCUUGUGUUAAGUAAAUGAUUCCUUAAUAGUUAUGAAAACGUUCCAGUUCCACUGGCGCCGUUACCUAGCAACGCCAGCCCAGCCCAGCCCGUCACCUAACAACCCUGCCGUAGUUUUUUUGGCAGAUUAUUUAACUUAUAAGAUAUUUUUCUCUUGUUAAAUGUGACAUAAUCUGCUAAUGGAACUAGUAGUUUUUCAAUAUUUACUUAAAACAAGCUCAUAUAUGAUGCUACUUCCAAAUUAGUUUGGUUUUAAUUCAAGUCAAUUAAGAGACUUGUGCUGGAAACUACUAAUACUUGGUAAGAUUUUGUGUUUUUGCGGUGUGCGUGUCUGUAUUUUCUUAUUUUUUGACAGGAGAAUCUUUCCACCACAUCCGAUCCGAUGGCAGGCAAAGCUUCUCGCCACUUCGAUUUUUCUUCCUUUAACCAAACAGAUCGCAAACGAGCCCCCGACAGGAAAGUGUGUUUUACAGAGGAAAACGUCAGCUCACCUGUUCAUGAGGUGUGUGUGUGUGUGUGUCCCUCCAGAGAAUCGCCCUGUUGCUAUCUCUGCCUUGAUAACCCGAUCCAGGGCUCCGUCACAGGAUUUUCAUCCAGCUUUCUGUGGUCCCACUGCUCUCUUUGCAUACACUCACUAAUGCACAUACACACACAGUAAAAAAAAAAAAGUUGUGUAUCAAUAUAUCUGGAUGUCAUUGUUUGCAGCAUAAUGAAAUAAAAUUCUGUAAAUAUA